GCCCCUCUCUUCUUGUAGCAGGACCUUUGAGAUCAGUGGAGAGCAGGGCCUUUGCUAUCUGCCAGUCCCCCUGGUCACUUCCUGUGUGCAGAUGGAGUGUUGGCCCUUCUCUUCUUGUAGCAGGACCUUUGAGAUCAGUGGAGAGCAGGGCCUUUGCUAACUGCCAGUCCCCAUGGGUAUUCAGAGCAAGGAGGAGUGCUCGGGGGCCUUGCAGAUGACCUGGGAGCACACGGGGGCCUUGCUGACUGCUAGUCCCUAUGGGUUUUUGAGUAGUGCUAAAUUAACCAGGCUGCCCUUGAAGUCAUCUUGUACCUAGACAGGCCUUGAGCUUAUGAUCCUCCUGCCUCAGCCCUACAAGUAAAUGGAAUUACAGGCCACAGUGCGAGGCCCAGCCUCCUUCUACUUUGGCCUGAAUUUUUAUUGUCUUCAUUACCUUCCUUGAAUUUAGUUGUUAAUUUUUCUUUCACAUUUUAUAGUGGAACUUAGUUAGCCAAUAUUCAGACUAUACUUUUUUAUUAAAAGCAGAUAAAGCUAUAGAUUCUCCACAAAUUACAACUUUUUUUUUUUCGGAGCUGGGGACCGAACCCAGGGCCUUCACUGAGCUAAACCCCCAACCUCAACAACUUUUAAAACACCCUUAUAUUUGAUACUUUAUCCCUAUCACUCAUAUAUAGUUUAGUCAUCUAUGAUUUCUUUGGUAUGUCAGGUGCUCAUAAGUUUUUUCCUUAAAAAUAUAUUGGACUCACUUCACACUCAGGGUCUAAAAGACUCACAGCCCUAAUUACAAUGUCACUCCUCUGCUGAUCGAAGUGUUUGAUAUAGUCUCAAUCAAAGCUGGGCAAAAUUGUUUUGUAGCUACAACAAGCAUGCUCUGAAGUUUAUGUUUGGAUGACCAAGUGGCCACCAUAACUAUGAGGAAGUAGAUUGACUCUGUGUGUGUAUGUGUGUGUGUGUGUGUGUGUGUGUGUGUGUGUGUGUGUGUGUGUGUCUCGCGCACACACACUUGCAGGACUUGCAGUAAGAGGACCAAAGCACCAUCAAGAGAGCAUAGCACAGAUUGGAGAAACAGAGCAGAGCUCAGCACCAGGUUCGCACAGAUAAAACCAACCAAGCAAAGUCACUUAGUGGAGGAAACGAAUGUACUAUAUCUAGAGGGAAAAUAAUAAUCCAGAAAUACCCACCUUUUACAAAAAUUAACUCAAACCAGACCAUAGACUUAAUUGUAAAACAACACAAUAAAACUUCUAGAAGAAAAGCAGCAGAAAACCUCAGUGGCCUAGGUUUGGCAAUGAGAUUUUUAGCUGUAACGUCAAAAGCAAAACCUCAGAAAGAAAAAGAAUAGAUAUGUUGAAGGUUGUUUAAAACUCGGACUUCUCUGCAAAGAUCCCCAUUAGAAGGAUGAUAAGUCAUAGACGAGGAAUUUGCAAAGGUAUCUGAUAAGGACUUACAUUUAAACUACAGGUCUUGAAAUAGGCAGGCAGGGCUGGGGAAAUGGCUCCCUGUUAAAAGCAGGUUCUACUCUUGCAGUAGAACCCAGUUCAGUUCCUAGCACCUGUGUCAGAUGACUCACAGCCACGGGCAACUCCAGAGGUCAGUCUGACCGACUCCUUCUGGGCUCCAAGCAAACCAACAUUCAUGUGCAUAUACCAACACACACACACACACACACACCCCACAUGCAUGCAUGCACACAUUAAAACAGAUAAAAAUGAAUCUUUAAAGAUAGAAAUGUCUAGUAGUUGUAACCCCAUCAUUGAAACACUUACCCAACGUGUAAAAGCCCCUGAGAUAAAAAUACAGACAUAGAGACAGGUAGAUAAGCGGGUGGGUAGAUAGAUGAUAGAUGAUAGAUAGAUAGAUAGAUAGAUAGAUAGAUAGAUAGAUAGAUAGAUAGAAGACAGACAGACAGACAGACAAACAGAUGACAGAUAGACAGAUGGAUGGGCAGACAGAUAGAUACUUAGGCACAAGGAGGAAGAUAGCAGAUAAAAAGAUGUGGUUGAAACCCACAACAGUCGCACCACUGCUACACACCUAUCCAGAAUGGCUGAAAUAAAAUGAUCUGAUCAUAACAAGUCCUGGAAAGGUCAUACGACAGACAGACUUCUCAUUCAUCACCGGUGGGGAUGUGGAAUCAUAUGGAAGACAGUUGGCAGUCUUUUACAAAGCUAGUCAUACUCUUGCUGUAUGAACCGUCACCCCCAGUCAGUAUCCAUGCGCCUAGAGGUUUACCCAACUGUUUUGAAAACUGGGUCCACACAAGAACUCACAUGGAAAUGUUUAUAGUGGCCUGCUUCACAGUUGUCAAACAAAACAGCUAGAAUGUCCCUCAGUGAAUGGAGAGACGGGCUGUGCCCCACGCCAGCAAUGAAGUACUUUUGAGUGACUUUUUAAAAGUACUCUUAGACAUCCAUGCUGAUGAGACUACACGAUUGCAGCUUCCUGGACAUUUCUAAGGGAUGAAAAUCUCACAGCAAACUUUGUUUCUCUGCAUUUUACAACCUCCCCACCUCCCUUCCGCUACAGUCGUGAGCCUCUGGCGAGGGAGUUGUGAUACAUCAGUUGGGGCUGAGCAUGACGCAGUCACAGGUUCCCCUGCAUUUUGGUCAGUUGUGGUUUUUAAAGGACUCCUAGAGAUAUGCUAAGAGAAAUCUCAUGGGGUUUGCAAGAAUGAUGGGUAACUAAGGCAUGCUGGGAUUGGGAGAACUACAUCCUCCCAAAGGAAGAGUCUCCACAUUGGUUAUCCUAUACCAAGUGCUCAGCCCUGAAAUCAUUCACACACGUACAUAGGGUGACCGAAUUGUCAUCCACUUCAAGACACUUUUGAGAAGAGGAGAGGACCAAGGUGAUUUCCUACACCAGCCCAGAAGACAUACACAAGAUGACGGAAGAACAGAACUCCAACACAGAGUUCGGAUCCCAGGAUUCCAGGGACUCCCACCGGCAUGAGCUAUCCUAUCCCUCCCAGAACUGGUCCUUGGAGAUGCUGUUACGAAGAUUGAAGGCCUUGGAUGAUAGGAGGGACGACAAGUUUGCCAGCGUCCUGGGUGCCAUCGGGGAGUUUGGCACGUUCCAGUGGAGGCUGGUGGCCCUCACCUUCAUCCCCAGUAUCCUGUCAACCUUCUUCUUGCUCUCUCACCACUUCUUGCUCACAGCUCAGAGGCCCUACUGUAACACCAGCUGGAUCCUGCAAGUGGGCCCCAACCUCACGGAGGACGAACAGCUGAACCUGACUGUGCCCCGAGCACCCAACGGCAGUUUCCUGACAUGCCUCAUGUACAUACCUGUGCCGUGGGAUCUAGACUCUAUCGUCCAUUUUGGCCUCAAUUAUACAGAAACAUGCAAACACGGGUGGAUCUAUCCUUUCGCUCACACGCGCUCUUUGACCAACGAGUUUGACCUGGUGUGUGGCAAUGAGCCACACGAGGAAAACGGGCAGACUGUGUUCCUGUCAGGCAUCCUGACAGGGUCUCUUCUCUUCGGGUUCUUAAGCGACAAGUUGGGCCGCUAUCCAAUCAUCCUGCUGUCUCUGCUGGGGAUCCUCAUCUUCGGCUUCGGGACAGCCUUUGUGAACAGCUUUUAUCAGUAUCUGUUCUUCCGCUUUUUUGUGGCCCAGGCCUCUGUGGGCUACGCCAUCUGCAGUGUCUCUUUAGUCAUGGAGUGGCUGGUGGGUGAGCACCGCGCCCAAGCCAUCAUUCUCCAGCACUGCUUCUUCACCAUAGGGGUCAUAUUGCUGACGGGGUUUGCUUACAAAAUUAACCACUGGAGACUGCUGUUCCUACUGGGCGGAGUGCCUAUGUUUCCCCUUAUCUGCAACAUCUGGGUUCUCCAAGAGUCCCCACGGUGGCUGAUGGUGAAAGGAAAGGUGGAAGAAGCCAAGAAGGUGCUGUGCUAUGCGGCUGAGGUGAACAAGAAGACCAUCCCUUUAAAUCUACUGAAUGAGCUACAGCUGCCAGGAAAGAAGGCAAAGGCCUCCAUCCUGGACUUCUAUACCAAUCAGCACCUCUUCAAGGUGGUCUUGGCCAUGGGAUGUGUGUGGUUUACUGUCAGUUACGUCAGUCUUACACUGAGCCUCAAGAUGAAGGACUUUGGGUUGGACAUUUACUUCAUACAAGUGGUCCCCUGCAUCACGGCAGUGCCAGCCCGUCUGUGCUGUAUCCUUCUCCUGGAGUAUUUCGGGAGGAAGUGGAGCCUAAACCUGACUCUCUCCCUGGUCACCUUCACAUGCUUGUCUCUCCUUUUCGUCCCCGAAGAGCUGAAGUCAACAACAAUCCUGAUGCUCGUGCUUGGAGAAUUCAGCAUGGCGGGCACUGUCUCUAUAUUCUUUAUCUACACUGCCGAGCUCCUGCCCACCAUCCUCAGGUCUACAGGUCUGGGAAUGGUGUCUAUCGCCUGGACAGCUGGGGCCAUUUCAUCUCUGGCCAUCUUCAAACAGACCAAAACGCAGCUGCCCAUCUUCUUCUGCUGCUUGUGUUGCAUCCUGGCCCUGUGCUUCUCCUCCCUGGUGCCAGAAACAGGAAACCAGCCUCUCCGUGACAGCAUAGAGUACUGUUCAAGAGACUCCCUGGAGCACAAGGAUAAGAGCAAGGAUUCCUCUAAGGUGUUGAUGGCUGAGGAGUCAAUGUGUGAUGUUGCAGCUGAUUCUGUACUGACAAAGAACACCAUGUUUAAUGCCAUGACUCUCAAGUCAGAGACAGACAGCUUCCUCAACAUGGCCUUGGAGGUACCCAACAGGGAAUCUCCAGUCCAGCUUCCUGAGGACCACCCUUCCUAGAGCACUUUGGAUUGGAGUUUAGUAUGGGUAUGGGGCCAUGGGUACACAGCCUCGAAUUCUAGACCCAGUCUGGUAUGUGGGAAGAGUCUGUCCCUCCAAGGCCAGCCCUCGGGAUCCAAAAAUAAUUCCUUCUGAAGGAGGUGCUGACUUGUGAUUCACUCCAAUAAAAUAUCAUGUUGGUCUUGA